ACCCGGCUUCCUUAGGCGGCCCGGUGCAGGGGCUCGGGGGGCCCGCCGCGCCCCCGGCAUGGGGGUGAACGCCGUGCACUGGUUCCGAAAGGGGCUCCGGCUCCACGACAACCCGGCCCUGCGCGAGUGCAUCCAGGGCGCCGACACCAUCCGCUGCGUCUACAUCCUCGACCCCUGGUUCGCGGGCUCCUCCAACGUGGGCAUCAACAGGUGGCGAUUUUUGCUUCAAUGUCUUGAAGACCUCGAUGCCAAUCUACGAAAAUUAAACUCUCGUCUGUUUGUGAUUCGUGGACAACCAGCAGAUGUGUUCCCCAGACUUUUCAAGGAAUGGAACAUUACUAAACUUUCAAUUGAGUAUGAUUCUGAGCCCUUUGGAAAGGAACGAGAUGCAGCCAUUAAGAAACUGGCUACUGAAGCUGGAGUAGAAGUCAUUGUACGAAUUUCACAUACUUUAUAUGACCUAGACAAGAUCAUAGAACUCAAUGGUGGACAACCACCUCUUACUUAUAAAAGAUUCCAGACCCUCAUCAGCAAAAUGGAACCUCUAGAAAUACCAGUAGAGACAAUUACAUCAGAAGUGAUAGAAAAAUGUACAACUCCUGUGUUUGAUGACCAUGAUGAGAAAUAUGGAGUCCCUUCACUGGAAGAACUAGGUUUUGAUACAGAUGGCUUAUCGUCUGCAGUGUGGCCAGGAGGAGAAACUGAAGCACUUACACGUUUGGAAAGGCAUUUGGAAAGAAAAGCUUGGGUGGCAAAUUUUGAAAGACCGCGAAUGAAUGCAAAUUCUCUGCUUGCUAGCCCUACUGGGCUUAGCCCCUAUCUUCGAUUUGGUUGUUUGUCAUGUCGACUGUUUUACUUCAAAUUAACAGAUCUCUACAAAAAGGUAAAGAAGAAUAGCUCCCCUCCACUUUCCCUUUAUGGGCAAUUAUUAUGGCGUGAAUUUUUCUAUACAGCAGCAACAAAUAAUCCACGCUUUGAUAAAAUGGAAGGAAACCCUAUCUGUGUUCAGAUUCCCUGGGAUAAGAAUCCUGAAGCUUUGGCAAAAUGGGCAGAAGGCCGUACAGGCUUUCCAUGGAUUGAUGCCAUCAUGACACAGCUUCGGCAGGAGGGUUGGAUUCACCAUUUAGCCAGACAUGCGGUUGCUUGCUUCCUGACACGAGGUGACUUGUGGAUUAGUUGGGAAGAAGGAAUGAAAGUAUUUGAAGAAUUAUUGCUUGAUGCAGAUUGGAGCAUAAAUGCUGGAAGUUGGAUGUGGCUUUCUUGUAGUUCCUUUUUCCAACAGUUUUUUCACUGCUAUUGCCCUGUUGGUUUUGGUAGGAGAACAGACCCCAAUGGAGACUACAUCAGGCGUUAUUUGCCUGUUCUAAGAGGCUUCCCUGCAAAAUAUAUCUAUGAUCCCUGGAAUGCACCAGAAGGAAUUCAGAAGGUAGCCAAAUGUUUGAUAGGAGUUAAUUAUCCUAAACCAAUGGUGAACCAUGCUGAAGCAAGCCGUUUGAAUAUUGAAAGGAUGAAACAGAUCUAUCAGCAACUUUCACGAUAUAGAGGACUAGGUCUUCUUGCAUCAGUGCCUUCUAAUCCUAAUGGAAAUGGAGGCCUCAUGGGUUAUUCUCCUGGAGAAAAUAUCCCAGGUUGUAGCAGCAGUGGAAGUUGUCCUCAAGGGAGUGGUAUUUUACAUUAUGCUCAUGGAGAUAGUCAGCAGACUCAUUUAUUAAAGCAAGGAAGAAGCUCUCUGGGCACUGGUCUCAGCAGUGGGAAGCGUCCUAGUCAGGAAGAGGACAUGCAAAGUCCUAAAGUCCAGAGACAGAGCACUAAUUAGAUAAUAUGAGGCCUAAAUUUUUCAGUGACUGAAACAAAAUCAGUUAAUUCCAGGACAAGAGAAAUACAUCUCUACUGGACAAAACGUUGCACUCAGCUUUAUGGUCAUCUGCAUCAAUGAACUUUGAAUUUUUUUCUUGACUUCUUUUUUUUUCACUUUUUUAUUGAAGUCAGAGUUCAUAAUCACAUUACAUAAACAUUACAUAAAUGUGCAUCAUUAAAAAUCAACAAUGAUUUUAAAUUUGAAAAGCUUAUGAUACUAUGCUAGUUUUUCACAGAAAAAGACAUCUUUUUUCUUUGCUAUGUGACCAAAAAUCUUAGAACAAUUACAGUGGCCUUAUACAUUUUAGUAGUAUUAAUAUAAUCCCAAAUGAACCUCCCCCAAAAUCUUUGCCUCUUAAGUGUUUAUAAAUUUCUUUUAUCUAAACUUCUAAUAUCUAAAUUCUUUUCAAUGUGAGACUGGUCUUGGGAAGUAUAGAAAAGUCAUAGGUGUACUCAUUUUAGAGACAUGAGAUACUGUUUUGUGAUUUAAAGUUAUCCAAAGGGUAUUUUUCAGUUCAUCUGUCAGUUUGUAAAGACUUGUUUCUUCAGUUAUAUUAAAUUGUUUACAUGUAAAAAAUUAUAAGUUUUCAAUGGCAACCUAUUUAGACUACAAAUUUCUUGAAAAUUAGAUCAAUAAACAUUCAUCAGACUUUUAUCUUUUAAUUCCUUGCAAUCAGGGUUUACCCAGUUUUUUUUUCCUUCAAUCACAGAAAACAUUCAGGAGGAAUACUGUUGCAGCUGAAAUUGGUGGGG